GUCAUCGAACGUAUGACUCAGGAGGAAUUGCAGCGCCAAAAGUUUUUGCUGGACAUCUUGCAUCGUGUACAGCAGCCUCUCCAGCAGAUUGAUCUGAUUCGCCUGGACCGUGGCCUCAUCGAAGACGAUCAGCACUACCAUGGUGGUAUUGACGCCGAGAUGAAACGCAUCAUCGAGCUGGAUCGCCAACGCCGACUCCUGGAUCAACAUCAGAUAUACAGCAUUCGCGAUGAGCAGCACGUUCGUCAGCUGCGCGGUCUCUACCGUCUAUUAGUGCGCUCGGACUGGCCCACUCUGCAGCGCAAUUUGGUCUAUUUGCGUCGCAACAUCAAUCCCGCCCUGCUCGUCAACGUGUUGUCGCUGGUGAUUCGUGAUCGUGCGGACACCCAAUCCUUGAUCAUGCCAGCCAUACAAGAGGUCCUGCCCCAACAAUAUGUGGAUGAGCAGGUGGUGCAGCGUGUUCAGCACAUUGGCCAACAACAGAGUGUGCAGCCCAAUCUCCUGGAUGUCAUCGGCAUGGGACAGACUACGCGUGUCGUGGAUCCUGUGAUGCGUCUUAUGGAUCGCACCCAACUGUGGAUGCCCUGGCGUCAACUGCGCAUGCAAAUGGCUUUGAGAAGGGCUGCUCAGCAGGGUCGUUUGGGAAUGAGUGGUGUAAGCGGAGUUGGAACCGGAAUCGGAAGCGGAAGCGUUGUGGUGCUGCCCAUGGAUACUAAGGAGCAGGGAAUGUCUCUACUAACAGAGGACAUUGGCAUGCGCAACUUUGUGCAGGGAUUGGUAAAUGAGUUGGCUCUGCGUGAAAAGGUGGGACACACCCAAGGCAUCAGCACCAACAACGACGAUGAUGAGCAACAGCAGCUGGAACGCUUGGGGCAGCUUAUUAGACAAAAUGGCGGCCGUCUGGACAUUGGCCAGCAGGGAAAACAGUUGUUUCGUUCCGGCAACGGCAUCCACACAGAUGACUAUGAAACCGAGCUGCGCGACCAACUUCGACAACUGCGCGUUGGAAAUGGCAUUGGCCUGGGUAUGGGUAUGGAUAAUGAAGAGCUGUCCACUACGGACGUAAACAACAAGCGACUCCUGCGCGUCAACCGUCGCCGUCUGCAGCAAGAUGAGGAUGUGGAGAAUCAGAACCAACGCAUUGGUGGUCAACUGGACAACGAGCGUGAGCGUUUCUUGCGCGUGCUGCGACGUGACAACGAUGAAGAUGAGGAUGAGAUGAAGAUGCAAAUGCGUGGCGGACGUAUUGGUCUAGAACGCAACAUUGGACAGGGAAUUGGCAUGGGCAUCAACCGACGCCGAGAUCUGCCCACCGUAGACGUUAACAGUGAUCGUCUGCUUCGCGUAGGUCGCCGUCGUCAGAACAUGCUGGAACAGCAGCAGGGCAAUGGCAUUAUGGGCAUAGUUCGCGGUGACCGUUUUAGCGAGGGACGUCGUGUGGGGGAACAGAAGCAAAAGGACCAGAAAAGCAUAUUGGGCGACUGGAUCGACUUGGACGUGAUGCAGGGCAUGACUCAGCAACAGCAACAGCAACAACAAGGUAAGUUGAAUGUGCGCGGACAAAAGUAUGGGGAUGUCAAGCAGCGCCGCGAGCAGAAAGUGGAGCAACAGCAUGGUGGCAUCAUGGGCAACAGGAUGAAUCAGCAAGAGAAUAUCAGACAGCAGCAAGAACGUCAGCAACUCGGAAUGUACAACAACGACGAUUUGGAGCGCUUUAGCAACAACGAUGACCGCCUGCUGUACAUCAACAGACGUCGCUUGCAGCAGCAGCAGGAGCAGGAGCAGCAACAGGAGCAGCAACAUAUGCCCCGUCGUGUUGGUACCAUAGGUGAGGGUCGUCGUGUGGGCGCAACCCCAUUGGAGGAUGAGGACAUCAUGCAGCUUAUCCGUCGUGACAAUCGCCUGAAUAACCUCAGCGAUGAUGAGAUCAUACAGAUGCUUCAGCGCAACCGUCAGACUCGACGCAUGCAGGAACAGAAACGCCAGCAGAGCUCUGAUGAGGAGGACGAAGAUGAGCGUGACCGCAGCAGUAUUCAACAAGGCCGACGCAUGCGUCGUAGCCUCAACAUUGUUCAAGAUCAGCAACAUCAGCAGCAACAGGUGAUCAAUUCCCGUCGCAACGAGAUCCUGUUGCACACUAUUCAACAGCUGGUGGCUCGCCUCAAUCAGGAACGCAUCUCCCUCGGCCAGAAUGUGAAUGACCUGCAACUGAAUGGCAAUUUAAAUGUCCAGCGCUUGAACAACCCCCGCCUAAUCAACAAUAUCGAUGAACGCUUUGCCCUGCGCCUGAACGACAUGCGCCUGGACUCCAUUCGCAAUCGCGCCCUGCUCGAGCAGAUCAAUGACAUCGAGCGUCGCCUGAAUCUGGUUAUCGAUCAGUUGGUGCGUCGCGAGGUCGACGUCACAGGCAGACUAGGACAGCUGACCAAGCAACGUGAAAUGGAUCGCGUCAUUGGGGAUGUACUAUUGGGUCGCCUGGGACAAGUUGGCAUUCUGGACAUCAUACGCGAACUCCUGCAGAACGAUAUGCAGCAGGUGGGUCAGCAAGAGGAUCGCCUAGGUCUGGGUGUGAGCCUCAAUGACCCUGUAGUGCAGCACAUUCUGCGCCGUAUUGUGGCCAUUGUCGAUCAGCAGCGUGAGCAGCAAUUGGGCUCGUACCAGCGUGAGGAUUUGCGCAUGGAUGGUGUGACCAUAAACGAUGUACGAAUGGACAAGCUGCGCACCCGCAUCGAUAAUAUCGACAUGGAUUUGAGCAACUUGUUGGAGCAAGAUCAGGAAGAACAGCAGCGCGUGAUAAUUGGACGUCAGCGUCGCCUCAAUAACAAGGCCUUCAAUAUCGAAAUGGACAUCACGUCUCAGCGCCCACAGCCAGUUGUCAUUCGCAUGCUCCUGGGACCACGCACCGACGCCCUUGGCCGUGAGCUCACCCUGGACGAACGUCGCAAUAAUUUCGUGGUUCUAGAUACUAUCACAACCCAACUGCAAACGGGACGCAAUCGCAUUCUACGCCGUUCCAAUGACAUUUCAUGGACCACUCGUGACGCCACGCCAGCCACUGAGAUCUAUCGUCGCGUCAUGAUGGCCUUGAAUGGCCAGACAGCCAACAAGGAAAACAUCGAACUGAUUGGCGAAAAUGGACGCUUCCCUCAACGUUUGCUACUGCCUCGCGGUCGCCCCGAAGGUCUGCCCAUGCAACUGUUGGUAAUUGUCUCGCCUGUGGACGAACAUGAGCAGCGUAUGGGACGCAUUGGCGGUGAUGUCGCUGGUGUGCUUACCGGUCGUAUUGGCACUGGCAUUGACGGCGGCAUUGGCAUUAGCUCCGUCAAUCAAGACAACCGUCCCUUGGGAUACCCACUCGAUCGCCCAAUUGAGAACGAACGUGUUCUGCUCGAUCUUCCCAAUGUAAGCGUACAGGAUGUUGUGAUCAUAGAAGACAACUAA